AUGCCUCCUCAAUCUUCCGCAGAACCGAUUGCCAUUGUCGGUUUGGGGUGCCGCUUCCCCGGCAGCUCCAACACUCCCUCCAAAUUAUGGGACUUGAUCUGCCAGAAAAAAGACAUUCUUAAAAGAAUUCCAGUCGACAGGUUCAAUGCUGAGAGCUAUUUCCAUGAAGAUGGAGAGAGACAGGGGUUGAUGAAUGUCAAGCAUGCCUACACCCUCGACGAGGACAUUCGAGAGUUUGAUGCCUCAUUUUUCAAGACAAAUGCUCGUGAAGCAGAGGCCAUGGAUCCUCAGCAGCGGAUAUUGCUAGAAACCGUCUAUGAAGCCCUGGAAUCGGGUGGAUUUUCCAUUGGUGACAUGCAAGGAUCCGACACCUGUGUCUAUGUUGGCAGCAUGACCGGUGACUACCACGAAAUGCUGAUGCGAGACCCGCAAGAUAUGCCCAAGUAUAUGGCUACUGGCACUGCACGUAGCAUCCUCUCAAACAGAAUAUCCUACUUCUUUGACUGGCGAGGUCCGUCGAUGACUAUCGACACAGCCUGCUCGUCCAGUCUGGUCGCCGUCCACGAAGCUGUCCAGGCCUUGAGACUGGGUACAUCCAAGGUCGCCUGCGCUGCCGGUGCCAACCUCAUCCUGGGACCUGAAAUGAUGAUCUCAGAGUCGAAACUUCACAUGCUUUCGCCAACUGGUAGAAGCCGAAUGUGGGAUGCCUCAGCUGAUGGCUACGCGCGUGGUGAGGGUUUCGGCGCCGUUAUUCUCAAGACCCUGUCACAAGCUAUUGCCGACAAGGACAAUAUCCAUUGCAUUAUCCGCGAAACUGGAGUCAACUCUGAUGGACGAACCAACGGUAUUACGCUUCCCAGCUCUGAAUCUCAGACGACAUUGAUCCGCCAAACGUAUGCCCGUGCGGGACUCGACUGGAACAAGGACAAAUGCCAAUAUUUCGAAGCCCACGGAACCGGAACCCCUGCGGGCGAUCCAAUUGAGGCGCGAGCCAUCCACGAUGCCUUUUUCCCGAGCAAAACAACUGACGGCGGGGAUGUCAUGUACGUUGGUUCAGUUAAAACAGUUGUCGGCCAUUUGGAAGGAUGCGCCGGCAUUGCUGGUUUGAUAAAAGCUAGCGAGGCUGUGAGACGAGGUGUUAUUCCUCCCAACAUGCUGUUCGAGAAACUCAACCCUGGUAUUACUCCAUACUACAAGAACCUCAAAGUGCCCCAGCAGCCGGUUCCCUGGCCGGAGACGAAGGAUGGGGCUCUACGACGAGCAAGUGUCAACUCCUUUGGAUUCGGAGGUACAAACGCACACGCAAUCAUUGAGAGCUACGUUGCUGGUAAUGUGAAGCCCGCGGUUCAGAAGCCGGAGUCGAUUAUCCCAAAUCCUCUGCUGCUGUCCGCAACCUCGACCAGCACCCUCAAGCGCAUGCUGUCCACUACACGAGACUUCCUUGCCUCGGAUCGAUCGACUCCUCUUCAAGAUGUCUUGUUCACACUUGGAGAGCGGAGAUCCCAACACGCCGUGCGAGCGGCAUUUGCAGGCCACAGCAGAGAGAGGCUGAUUGAAAAAUUGCAGAUCGCAUUGGAUGAUGACAGUUGGACUGGCACCAAUGUGGAUGCAAAGGUGAAACAGCCGCGUAUUCUGGGAGUCUUUACCGGACAGGGAGCCCAGUGGCCAACAAUGGGCAGAGAAAUCCUCAAAUCGUCCCCUGUUGCCGCCGAGACUCUUCAAAAACUGCAGGAUUCUCUGCAGAGCCUUCCUGACCCUCCAUCAUGGACGCUCAGGGACCAGAUUCUUGCUGACAAGAGCAACUCUCGACUGGCUGAGGCUGCCGUUGCCCAACCGCUGUGCACAGCCGUCCAAGUGAUGCUUGUUGAUCUUCUCUCUUUGGCGGGAGUCCAGUUCAACGUCGUGCUUGGCCACUCUUCUGGAGAAAUCGGCGCCGCUUACGCUGCUGGCAUGAUCUCUGCAGAGGAGGCCAUUCGCAUUGCCUACUACCGUGGUGUCCAUGCCAGUCUCGCACGCGGCAGCACUGGAAAGCCAGGUGCAAUGAUGGCUGUUGGCCUCUCGUAUGACGAGGCCUCCGACUUUGUUGAGCAAAACUUCCCUGGCCGCAUCGAUGUCGCUGCCAGCAACGCUCCAGCAAGCGUCACCCUCUCCGGAGACAAGGAUGCUAUCCAAGAGGCCCAGGCCAUUUUCCAGGACCAGGGCACUUUUGCUCGACUGCUGCAGGUCGAUACCGCCUACCAUUCCUCCCACAUGAUGCCCUGCGCAGAGCCCUACAUGGAGUCACUAGCCGCAUGCAAGAUCGAGCCGAAGCAGCCUCGCGAGGGCUGCACCUGGUUCUCUAGCGUGUACGGCGACCGCAUGGAGGGCGACAUGAUCGAUUCUCUGACUGGCGAGUACUGGAAGGACAACAUGGUUAACCCUGUGCUCUUCUCCAUGGCGGUUGAACUCGCUGCCAACGGCGAACUUCCCUGUGAUGUUGCUCUUGAAGUCGGACCGCAUCCAGCCCUCAAGGCGCCAUUCACACAGACAUACAAGCAGACCGGAGCUGCGGAAUUGCCGUAUCAGGGUGUUUUGGGCCGUGGUAAGCAUGAUGUUGAGUGUAUUGGUGAAGCUCUGGGGUUCUUGUGGACGUACCUUGGCAAGCUUGGGUCCUCAGGCAUCAACUUCCGCAACUUCACCAAAGCCUUCGACAGCGACUCCUCGCCUCAACUUGCAACCAAUCUUCCCGCAUAUCCAUGGGAUCACUCGCAAUCCUUCUGGAAAGAGUCUCGCAAGUCGCGCAAUUUCCGCAGCAAGCCGGAUGUUCGCCACCCACUGCUUGGCGAUCGAUCAACCGAGGAUAUCGACCAGUCGAUGGUAUGGAGGAACAUCUUGCGAAUCGAGGAGCUGCCAUGGCUGGACGGCCACAGAGUCGAGGGGCAGGUCAUUUACCCUGCGGCUGGAUAUUUGGUCAUGGCAUUGGAGUCUUGCAAUGCAUUGGCUCUGGGUCGGGAGGUCGAGCUUAUUGAGCUCUAUGAUGUCGAGAUUGGCAACGCCAUCCCUCUCUCGGAGGAGACUCCCGGUGUCGAAACUCUCUUCACGCUGAAGCCGGCGAAGCUCGAUCCUAAGGCUGACACAACCAUUGCUGAGUGGGCUUGCUAUUCUCCUGCUGGCGAUCUUAACGCUCCAUGGAGAUGCAACGCUUCAGGAAGUGUUCGUGUCGUGUUUGGUGCCGCUGAUGACGACGCCCUUCCUCGUCGUGUGGCUCCUGUUGUGUCUCUCAGCAACGUCGAGAUUGAUCGUUUCUAUACUUCUCUGACUGAGAUUGGGCUCAACUACACCGGCCCCUUCCGAGCCCUGGAGGAGAUCCAUCGAAAGUCGGGCAUGUCGAGCUCAACGGCUACUCAGGCACCGGCCAAGGAACUCUCCACCAUCAUCCACCCUGCGAUCCUCGAUGCAGCCUUUCAGUCCAUAUUUGCUGCCUUCUGCUGGCCUGGAGAUGGAACCUUGAGAGCUCCAUAUGUUCCCACAAAGCUGCGCAAGCUCCGCAUCGUCAAUAGACGCCUUGUUGAGUCUGCCCGGUCACUUCAGGUUGACUCCUACGUCACAGAAUCUUCGGCUCAGAAUUUGACGGCGGAUCUUGAUAUUUUCGAGAGCGAUACCAACAAGGGUAUCAUUCAGCUGGAAAGCCUAACCUGUACAGCUCUUGUUCCUGCCGGUCCGAGAGAUUACAAGGAGCUCUACACUAGGCCUCAGUGGGAACUGGACGUUGCCAGUGCCGUAGCAUCUCUGCCCACUACUCGCGGUGACAAUGUUGAAGAUUUGGAACUGGUUGAUCUUUGCGAGAGACUUACAUACUACUACCUUCGACAACUCAAUGACAAGAUCGACCGCAGCGAGGUUCCAGCAAUGGUGUGGCACUUCCAGCGCAUCUUUGAGUGGAUCGACUACCUUUUCCCGUGGAUCGAGGAGGGCACUCACCCUACCAUCCGAAAGGAGUGGAAGUCGGACACUUAUGAGUGGCUAGACCAGCAAAGAGCCAAAUUCCCCGGCCAAGUCGAUCUUCAGCUCAUUACAGCUGUGGGAGAAAACCUCGCCGAGGUUGUGCGAGGCCAAACCACCAUGUUGGAGCACAUGAUCAAAGAUGACGUCCUCAACAGGUUUUAUAAAUUUGGUCUGGGAUUCCAGAGGGCCAACGGCUUCAUGGGUCGUAUCGCGAAGCAAGUUGCGCAUCGAUAUCCUCGCAUGAAGAUUCUCGAGAUCGGUGCUGGUACGGGAGGUGCUACUAAGGGAAUCCUCGAAUCUCUCGGCACAACGUUUGAGAGCUACACGUUCACCGACAUCUCGACUGGUUUCUUCGAGGCAGCCGCGGAGGCCUUUGCUCCUUGGGUUGAUAAAAUGAUCUUCAAGCCGCUGAAUGCAGAAAAUGACGUGAUUGAGCAGGGAUACACGGAGAAAUCUUAUGACUUUAUCAUUGCCUCCAAUGUGCUACAUGCCACCAAGACCUUGUCGGAGACGAUGAGAAAUGUUCGUCGACUGCUGAAGCCCGGCGGUCAUUUGCUUCUCCUCGAAGUCACUAGCGAGAUUGUUCGUGUUAAGCUAAUGAUGGCCGGUUUGUCAGGUUGGUGGCUCGGAGGCGACGAUGGCCGUCGAUAUGGCCCUACAAUUACGAGGGACCAGUGGGAUUCUCUCCUGAAAAAUACGGGAUUCUCUGGAGUCGACCAUGUUAUCCACGAUUUCGUCGAUGAGUCCAAGUACAUGACAUCGGUUAUGAUCUCACAAGCUGUUGAUUCUGACGUUGCUCUUCUGCGCCAACCUUUGUUGACUUCUGCCGAUCACCCUGUCUGGACUUGCCCACCCAUCACCAUCGUUGGUGGUGCUUUUGGGAAUGUUGUUUCACGUACUGUGAAAGUAUUGUCGGCAGUUCCUGGCCUAAACCCACAGAUUAAGUUGGCCAAGACUCUUGCAGAGGUCGCAUCCACAGCUGUGCCCACGACGGCGAUUGUCAUUCUGGAAGAUCUAGAUGAGCCUGUCCUGCAAAGGUUUACGCAGGAAAAACUGACUGCUCUCCAGAAAACCCUUCCAGAGAGCAGGCAACUACUUGUUGUUGCAUUGUCUAGCACCAAUAGCUCCACAAUAAGCGUGCCUUCUGGUUGUGUUUUCAAGGUUGCCGAAGGAUCAAACGUUGCGACUCUUCUGCAAGACGUUACAUCUGCUCUAAUUGCAGACCAGCUAAUCUCAGACAUUCCUCUUGGAAGCACUGUUGUACUUCACAGAAGCGACAAGUUCCUCGGAGCUGUGCUGAAACGUAAAGCAGCCAAAGCCGGCCUCAGUGUCAAGAACAUUGGUCUUCAUAAGUACGCAUCUGAAAAGAGCUUGCGCGAUGUUGUCCCUGCGUCCACAAGAAUUCUCAUCGACUUUUCAGCCGUGUCUCACUGGGCAAACUCGCUGCCUGAGGGCUGCGUAUAUAGGAAUGUGCAAGACUUCUUCUCUCAUUCACCAAAGGGAGAGCCGAUCCUUGUUGCAGAGUCUGUUAGACGGCUUGUGGACCUGGCGCAGCUGCAGCCAUCCACAAGUUCUACCGUAGAUAUUCUACCUCUGGCCAAAUUGGCCAGCCAAUCUGUAUCAGCAACAAAGUACUCGACAAUCAUUGACUUUUCCGAUGUCUCCGCGGUCCCAGCUCAAACGGCUGUUCUCAACCCUGCAACACUUUUCCGAAGCGAUCACACCUAUCUGCUUGCAGGAUGUACCGGUGGCCUGGGUAAAGCUCUUUGUGUUUGGAUGGCAUCCAAGGGCGCCAAAUAUUUUGCUCUCACGACAAGAGACCCUAGCAAGAUUGACCAGCUUUGGCUGAAGGAAUUGGCUGCUUUGGGCGCUGAAGUCAAUCUCUACGGCUUGGAUGUCGCGGACAAGGAUGCUCUGACAGCUGUUCGUGGUCAGAUUGAGGAAGAAAUGCCCCCGAUUGCGGGUGUCGUGAAUGCUGCCAUGGUUCUGUCUGAUCGCUCUUUCGGUGAAUUGACUGCUAAAGACUUCCGCACCGUCUUCGGCCCCAAGGUUGACGGUACUAAGAACCUAGACGAGCUUUUCUACGAUCAGCCCCUUGAUUUCUUCAUCAUGUUCUCAUCGCUUGCCAGUAUUGUCGGUAACCGUGGUCAGUCCAACUAUGUCGCAGCAAACUUGUUCAUGUCCACCAUUGCAGAACAGCGAAGGCGAAGAGGACUUGCUGCAUCCGUUAUCCACAUUGGCAUGGUAUUGGGAGUUGGUUACGUGUCGUCGACCGGCAUUUACGAGAGCACCCUGCGUCAAUACAACUAUAUGCCAAUCCCCGAGCAGGAUUUUCUCGACAUGUUUUCCGAGGCCAUUGUGGUCGGUCGAUUGGAGUCUGAGCACUCGCCGGACCUCAUUACUGGCUUGAACCGUCACAGCUUGCGCGAAGAUGUCCAGCGACCAUUCUGGCAUGAGGACUUGAAGUUUUGCCACCAUACGCUUACUGAAGUCCGCCAAACGGAGGCAACGGCAACAAACAACAUGUCGCUGGCACAGCGACUUUCCCAGGCGACUAGCCCUGAGGAGGUUGAGGAGCUUAUUCAGGAGGGCUUCUGCACAAAGCUUGAGAGAAUGCUGCAAGCGGCAAAGGGAUCUAUUCAGGUGUCACAAUCGCUGAUGAACCUGGGUGUCGAUUCCCUGAUUGCUGUCGAGAUUCGCUCCUGGUUCUUGAAAGAAUUAGACGUUGAUGUGCCGGUUCUCAAGGUUCUCAGCGGAGCAUCAGUGACAGAUCUCUCUAAGGAGGCUGCCAGCAAGGUGACAUUUGGUACUGAGGCAGCCAGCGAUGCGGCUUCACCGGCAAUUGCCGCUGAAAAGGCAUGUUCAAAUUCUUCUUUCUCCCCUUCUAGUCGAGGCGUUUCACCUCCUCGCUCAGCAUCUGAUGUCACAGAAAUCGAGACAAAGGUUAAGAGGGAGCAACUAAAGGUGGUAAGAGUGGCUGAGAUGUCAUUUGCACAGCGUCGCCUGUGGUUUUUGCGCCAGUUCCUCCAGGAUCCUACCACGUACAACGUAACGCUUUCUUAUAGCAUAACGGGCCGCCUCCGAAUUAACGAUUUCCGGGAGGCUUUCCGAAAAGUCAUCGCACGUCAUGAAUCGCUCCGAACUUGUCUCUAUAACGAUCCCGAGACUAAUAUCCCAACGCAAGCCGUGUUUUCGGACGCUAUUUUCGAUAUUGACUACAAGACGGGUACGACGGUGGAGCGCGAGUUUUCCAAGAUGCGCGAUCAUGUGUUUGACCUUGAAAACGGAGAAAACAUGAGAGCAGUCAUCAUUUCCGAGUCCGAGUCCAAGCACUUCUUUGUUCUCGGCUUCCAUCACCUUGCUUUUGAUGGAUUUAGUGCCCAAACGUUGGUCAAGGACUUGGCAAUGGCAUACACCGGACUGCCUUUGAGCCCUCUGAAGCACCAGUAUAUCGACUUUGCUAACAAGGAAAAGACACUUACAUGGAGUGAUGAUCUUGAGUACUGGAAGUCUGAAUUCGCUGAGCUGCCUGAGACCUUGCCACUGUUCGAGUUUACGGAAACCAAGGCCCGUAUUCCCUUGACGGAGUACAAUACUAGAGCUCUGACACAGCAGCUCCCCGACCGUAUUGCCAGUCAGAUCAAAUCGGCAGCCCGGAGCCUGAACGUUACUCCUUUCCACUUUCACCUGGCCAUCACACAAACCCUUUUGUCUCGCUUGCUAGAUAUCACUGACGUGUGUGUUGGUAUCACGGACGCCAACAAGAAUGACUCUGAGUUCUUGGACACAAUUGGCUUUUUCGUCAAUCUUUUGCCCCUGCGAUUCAAGACUGAUGGCUCUCAAUCCUUCGCCAACCUAGCAACGGCAGCGAAAGACAAGGUCCACCAGGCCUUGUCUCAUUCCCGAGUGCCAUUCGACAAGCUUUUGGAUGAGCUUAAGGUGCCACGAUCCACAUCCCACAGCCCGCUCUUCCAGGUCGUCGUUAACUAUAAGAUGGGGUCGACCCAAUCGGUUCCUCUGGCUGAGUGCCAGGCACAAACAAUUGAGUUUGAAGAUGCUAGAAAUGCCUAUGAUCUUAGCUUCGAGAUUGAAAAUUUCCCAGAUGGCGGGGUACUUCUCGCACUCAAGACUCAGGAUUACUUGUAUACCGAUCACGAUCUGCAGACGAUCCUCGCCACUUACACACACCUGCUCGAUGCCUUGUCGCGCGAACCCAACUUGAAUGUCAAUGCUGUUGAGCUUGCCCCUUCAACUAGUCGAGAGCUCAGCCUCCAGCUUGCCCGUGGUGAGACAUAUGAGCCGGCUAUUCUUCAUCUCCCUGGUUGGCUAGAUCAUUGGACUGCUCAACAGCCCGAUGCAAUUGCAAUCAGAGAUGAUUGUGGUGCUACGCUCUCAUACAGAGAUGCUACAGCACGAGUAAAUGAUAUUGCAGCUCUUUUGAUCAUGGCAGGCGCCAAGACAGGCCAGAGAGUUGGUUCUUACUGUGAGCCAAGUAUUGAUGCCAUUUGCACGUUGUUGGCGAUUCAGAAACUCGGCUGCAUCUAUGUACCAUUAGAUGUCCAGAACCCAGUGCCUCGCCUGAACUUGAUUCUCAAGGAUUGCCAGCCUUCGCUCCUCGUAUGUCAUGAUGCAACAGAGCCAUCGGUUCAGCAAUUCGAAACAUCCGCCUCACUGGUGUCCAUCUCCAAGGCUACCUCAGAAACUGCUGCAGUAGAUGCAUCUGUGAUCGACCCUUCCACCACUGGCUAUAUCCUCUAUACAAGUGGUACAACGGGUAUUCCAAAGGGAGUCAUGCUUUCUCACUCUAACUUGAUCAACCACAUCGCUGGUGUUUACAAGAAGUAUGGUCUGAAAAUGGAAACAGUUCUGCAGCAAUCUUCGUUUGGAUUCGACCUGUCUCUGGCUCAAAUCUGCCAGGCGUUCUUCUCUGGUGGUACACUUGUCAUCGCACUGAAGGAGACUAGACGGGAUCCAGCACAACUUGCCAAGCUCAUGCUUGAAGAAAAGAUUACCUAUACUUGGAUGACACCAACUGAAUACUCCAUGAUUGUGAGAUACGGCGCCAAUUAUCUCCGCCAAUCCUCUUACUGGCGCUCUGCAUUCUCGUCCGGAGAGGUCAUGUCAGCCAAUCUUCUCAACAGUUAUAUUCGCCUCGAAGCGCCUUGCCUGCGUCUCUUCAACGGCUACGGUCCCACGGAAAUUUCCAUCAACAGCUGCAUCGGUGAGGAUGAGCUGAGCCCAUUAGCGCCGCGUGACACUCGAAACCCGUCUAUUGGCAAGUCGCUACCGAACUACUCUACCUAUGUCCUCGAUGAGAACCUGAAACCCGUUCCGGUCGGAUUUCCGGGAGAGAUAUGCGUAGGUGGCCCUGCCGUGGCACAGGGAUACCUCGAUCGCGAUGAACUCACUGCUGCAAAGUUCCAGCCUGAUCCUUAUGGUCCGGGGCACUUGUAUCGAACCGGCGACAAGGCCAAGUUUCUUCCCGACGGCCGACUUGUCUUCCUUGGUCGCAUCGCCGGUGACACUCAGGUCAAGCUUCGAGGGUUCCGAGUUGAGCUGGACGACAUUGCCAACACCAUCAUCAAGGCUAGUGAGGGAAUUGUCAAGGAUGCGUCAGUCAGCUUCCGAAGAGGACAGGACUCAUCUGAGGAUUUCUUGGCAGCUUUUGUCAUUCUAGCUGCAAAGGAGCACACUGUGUCUGACGGACCUCUGGAGCAACUUCGAUUAAAGCUGCCUCUGCCCGCCUACAUGCGUCCGGCUAGAAUCAUUGCCGUUGAUGAAUUGCCUGUUAAUUCAUCAGGAAAGCGCGAUCGCCACGCCUUGGACAUGCUGCCUAUUUCCAGUAUUUCUUCUACCGCUGAGAGCGGUCAUCUUACAAGGGCACAGGUGAAAUUGAGGGAGCUCUGGCUGGAGGUCGUACCAAGUGUGGAUGCUGCUACUAUUGGCGCCAACACAGAUUUCUUCGCUAUUGGUGGAAACUCUCUUCUCAUGGUUAAGCUUCGAGGACUAAUUGCGGAAACCUUUGACAUUGAGAUCUCUGUUUUCGACUUGUUCCAGUCGAGCAGCUUGGGCAACAUGGCCAGCAAGGUACAGUCAUCCGAGGUCGAUCAGGUGAUUAGCUGGGAAGAAGAGACAUCGGUUCAGCCCCUUUCUGUUGUAGAUGGCAACGUCCUUCAGCAAGUGUCUGAUAGCCUUGAGAUCCUUCUUACUGGCGCCACUGGAUUCCUCGGAUCCUCGAUUCUUCGCCAGCUUGUUGCCGACGAGCGUGUUUCCAAGGUGCAUUGCGUGGCGCUACGUGGAAUUCACCCGCUGGCUGUUGAGUCACCAAAGAUUAUUCAGUAUACUGGUAAUCUUUCUCACAAACUACUUGGCCUAUCAGAAACCGAGUUUAGCACUCUAUCUAGCCGUGUCCACCGUAUUAUUCACAACGGCGCGACAGUCUCUUUCCUACAGUCUUACUCAUCCCUCCGGGAGCCCAACUUUGAGAGCACAAAGACUCUUGUAUCUCUCGCCGCGUCUCGCGGAAUUCCGCUGCACUAUGUCUCUUCCGCCGGAGUAGUCAAAUUUACUGGAUUGGAUGGCCUUCCUCCCGUAUCAGUCUCUCAGCAUGAGCCACCGACUGAUGGAUCAAACGGCUAUUCGGCCACGAAAUGGGCCAGCGAAGUCUACUUGGAAAAGGUCACAGAAAACACCAAUCUGCCCAUUUGGAUCCACCGGCCAAGCAGCAUCACCGGAGAGAAUGCUCCCGAAACCGAUUUGAUGCAGAGUGUCAUCAAGCACUCUCUCAAUCUUCAAGCUAUUCCCGACCUCUCUUCAUGGCAGGGCAGCUUCGAUUUUGUCCCUGUUGAUGACGUCGCCGCAGGUAUCAUCGCCGCCUUGUAUGACGUUGGUCAAGGAUUGUCUUUUGCCCAUCACUGCGGAAAGGAUAAGAUCCCUGUGCAUGAGCUAAAGCAGCACUUGGAAAAGGAGAACAUCAUCAAGCUGGAUGUGCUGAGUUUGGAACAAUGGGUGGACAAGGCAAAGGACCGUGGUUUGCUAGACAAUGCCGCCGAGGUGCUGAUCAACGAUGUUGUAGGCAUUUCUGAUGGAAAGGCUAUAUUACCUAGCCUGCUCUAG